CUUCUCGUGGUUGUUGUUAUUGUUUUUGUGCGGUAAAAUAUUAAAAAUUGUAAGCCAAUAUCGAAGAAGAACUAUAAGAUAAACUGAAGUUUUGUUACAAAGGAACCCGGAAUGGCCGAUGGUUGGUCGGAACCGCGUCCUUUGCGGAGCAAAGAAUUGCUGGAAGUGCAUAGAUCCCAUAAUAAGGAAUCCGGGAAACGCUCCGAAAGUCGACAGGAAACUGGGCCUCUGUUCCAAACUCCCGAGAUGAGCUGUAGUAUUCCCUCUAUCACCGUCACCCAAUCGGAGUUUCGCUUGGAACGCCCCAAGGAAUUGCUGGAACGCAUGGAGAGGUCAAGAUCAGCCUCCAAAGUACCUCCGAAAAAGAAAUAUUUAACGCCCGAAAACAGGCAGCGGACCUGGGAAAAACCGAAAACUCCGCCGACUAUUCCCCUAAACAUAGGCCUACCUUUGCGAUCUAAGAAACUCUUGGAACAGCAAAGAUCCAGGCAUCGCAAUGACUCAACCGUCAAAUCAGCAUACUAUCAGAUACUAUCCUCGCCUGUACGCAGCCAGUAUCGCGUGGAACUGCUGAACACCCCAGAGAUAAGACCUGCCGUGGUUACUUCACAUUCGGAGAUUCGCUUGGAACGACCUAGAGAACUGCUAGAACGUCUGGAGAAGUCCCAAACCCGAUCAGCCUCUGCUUCCAAAAUACCCGCCAGCUGUGAGCAGCGAGCUUGGGAAGAGCCAAAAACUCCAGAAAUGAGUCCUUGUUCAGUCGAACCAGGCUGGGAGGUUCGCCCACUUCGCACAAAGGAGCUCCUCGAAAGGGAGCGCCAGGCGAGCAUAAACAGGCGCACGGCAUCAGCGUCCAAAAUUGAAAAAGAUAGAACAAAGGCGGCCGCGCCCGUAUCCAGCCUUACAGCGAGCCGUCUGUUGGUGCCCUCGAUUGGGUUCUCGUACCCCAAGGAUCCCAAGGCCUGCCUAACAUCUGCAGCGGGGGAAACACCACUUCCGAAGCUGACCAACACAAAGCGCAACCUAUUCCAUCAGAAGGAGUCUUUGCGGCAGAAGCUGGAGAGGAUUACGGACGAGUGGCAGAGAAUGACCGAGUCACAGCUUCGGCAGCUCAUAUUGGAUUUCGUGAACCUUUGUCUGCCCCAUGCUGGUGCAAAGUGUUCGUAUCUGAGCAGAGACGGCUAUGUGAACCAGCUGAUGGAGGCACUGCAGCAGCUCCAGUAUCCCAGAGAGGUAAACAAAACCUGGUUGCGGAUGCCGAAAAGCCAAAAGGCCAUGAGCCAAGUGUUUGAGAUACUGCGUUUCUUUUUGGACUUCGCUUACGACGAGAAGAAGGAGGGUUUAUGCGUAUUCCCCAUUGUUUCAGAUGAGAAGCAGAUCUUUGAGCAGGCUGCCUGGGCAUUCCGCUUGGGGGAAGAAUGCCCAGAACAAAGGCUGGAAGAAUCUGGCACCUCGUCCGACAUAAUCAGCCUGCAGCAGGACCUUGAAAAUCUAAAGCUACAGCCACAAGACCCCGACUUGUGUUCGGAAUUGCAUUCUCUGCAGCAGGAGAAGCAGCGUAUCCAAGAAGAGCUAGCCAACUGUCGGGCGGAGAUUGAGUUAGUAACCUCCGAAUCCGCUAAUAAGUUGCAUGUUCUUGGAAAUCUCUACUUGAAGAAACUAUCCCAGGCUCAGCUACUAGGCAAGCUAAAAGAGCGUGUUAAGAACCAAUCCUGCAGCAUUCAGGACUACGGAAAAAUGGUAGAUCAGCUGGAGGAGCUAAGGCUCGAGUUGCAGCUUCAUCGCCUGCGUCUCCAGGAAUUCGGGGAACGGCUGAGGCUCCGCAAGCUUAAAUUAAAGCGCUGCCAAAGGGAGCAGAAGGAGAGUAUUGAAGCCUUCAACGUGUGCAUACGGGAUUACGAAUAUUCGCUUACUUCAGUGAGCAGCCAUCCAACAUCCCUGCAGUUAUCCCCGAAUGCCACGAUAGCGGACGUCGAAGAGGUUAUAACGCGGCUGAGGAAGAGAAGAGUAUUACCUACAUAUAUCUUCGCCUGUUAAACACAUAACAUCGGCCUACAGGCCUCCUUUGGGUGAAAUCAACCAAACCCCUCAUUAGAACCCAUAAAGUUCGAGUUAAUUUAAGCAAAUACACACUGAGCCCGGCUAUUAAGCUGCUAGUUCUGUAAUUCCUCCUUGAAUUUCACAGAUUUAUUUAAUUGAAUUUAUCAACUGGAAGCCUCGACAAUUUCCUGGCCCCUGGAUUUAAGUUCGUGUAAUUGACAUUUGAAUGAGUCAUCGACAGCUUGCACUAUACUAACUCAAAGAGAAUAGCGCCAGAGUCGGGCUGCUGAACCUUGAAAAAGUAAUACAAUUUAAUCCCCAGAAAACAGCUUUCUCUUUGAAGGAAGAACUUAACUCUUCAGCUGUUUAAAUACUGUGCAAUUGUAAUAAAUAACUAAGUAUUGGCUACCUCAUUUCUGUUCAAGCGAUUUGAUAAAUAACAUGUAAUACUUAAGCCUCUUUAUAAUAAUAAUUGGGAAGGCCAUCUUUGCUUUGAAAAUU